AUUUGCUGUCAAUUUUCAGUGUGACGUUAGUGACUGUAGUGUUAACGUGGAAUCUUUUGUCCAUUUUCUGCAAGUAGAAAAUUGUCGAAAAUGUCUAAAGGAAUUGAUAAAGAAGCAGCGAUCCGUUCGCAUUAUGCGGAAUUGAAUAAAUUCGGUCAAAGUGGCGAAUAUGAAAAGGCCAUCAAAGCAGCCAAUAAAAUACUCACCCUCAAUCCGGAUGAGUUCCAAGCAGCUCACUGUAAGGUGGUCAGUUUAAUCCAAAUAUCGAAAUUCAAUGAGGCCAUUCAGUUCAUUGAUCGUGCCAAAUUGAAUCAAUUGGUCUUCGAACGGGCAUACAUUCAAUAUCGUCUCAAUCAACCGGAAAAGGCUUUGAAGACCAUUGACAAUUCCGAUGUGAAACCACUGCCGGAUAACUUGAAGGAGUUGCGAGCUCAGGUGUUGUAUCGCUUGGAGAUGUUUGACGAAUGCUUCGAGGCGUACAAAAAUAUAAUCAAAAAUUCCAGCGACGAUUACGAAGAUGAACGGGCCACAAAUUUGAGUGCAGUAGCAGCCAAUUUGGCCACGGAUGGCUCGACAAAGGACUUCUCGAACCUUAGAGAAGACACGUACGAGUUGGCUUACAACAGUGCUUGUGCAUUGGCUGGAAGAGGAAAAUUCAGCGAAGCCGAGAAAAAACUUCGUGCGAGCGAAAAAAUGUGUCGCGAAACAUUGGAAGAUGAUGGUUCGACCGAGGAAGACAUUCUGGAUGAGUCAGCCAUCAUUAGGGUUCAAUUGGCCUAUUGCUUACAAAUGCAAGGAAAAUCGAAAGAAGCGUCCGUCAUCUAUGCGGAUGCUUUAAAGCUUAAGUCCGACGAUGUUGCAUUGAUUGCCGUGUGCAGUAACAACACAGUGGCCAUCAAUAAGGAUCAGAACGUCUUUGAUUCGAAAAAGAAAAUUCGGGCUGCACUGAGCGAGGCGUGUGAACAUAAACUGACAUCUCGACAGAACAAAACGAUUGCAAUCAAUAACUGCCUGUUGACAUUGUACACCAAUCAGGCCGAUCAAUGCCAACAGUUUGUGAAUAAACUCGUUCAGACCUAUCCGGAUAUCGAGUUCGAAGGUCUGUUAAUUCGGGCCAGUCAAUACGCCAAGGAUAAGAAAUACAAAGAGGCAGUCGAACUGUUGGAGAAGUACAACAAGGCACAUCCAGAGAAUGAUCUGGCAGCGAAAUUCGCUAUCACUCAACUGCUUCUGCUUAAUGGUAACAAAAAAGGAGCAAUCGACGUGCUACAAUCACUUGGUGAAGCAAAGUAUCGACCCGGUGUCGUGUCGGCUAUCGUAUCGCUUCUAUUGGGUAACAAGGCUGCAGCGUCUCAGGUCUUAAAAGACGCCGUUGAAUGGUACAAAAAGAGUAAAAUCAACAGUGGCGAUUUGACCGAUAUGUGGCGACAAGCAGCCACAUUCCACUUACGAGGUGGUGAGGCCGAAACGGCUGCCAGCAGUUUAGAAGAAUUGCGUAAAUCGAAUCCGCAAGAUAUGAAGAUUUUGGCUCAGUUGGUCAUUGCCUAUGCACAAUUCAAUCCGAACAAGGCACAAGAAGCCAGUAAAAAACUGCCUGCAUUGGACACAUUGACCAAUGCAACGGAAAUCGACAAUUUGGAAGCAACGAAUUGGAUGAUGAGCACUAAAGCGGUUAAGAAAACCGCUGCGAAGGUCGAACAAUCGCCAGGUACACCGGGCAGUGAGCUGGGCAAGCAAAAGAAGAAGAGGCAACGUAAACGCAAAGGGAAACUGCCGAAAGAAUACAACAUCGAUGUGCAACCGGAUCCGGAACGAUGGCUUCCCAAAUAUGAGCGCACCGGUUUCAGACGCAAGAGAGAUAAACGAUCGAAGGAUGUUAUUAAAGGAUCGCAAGGCAUGGCUACAGGUGCUGCCGAUCAAUAUGACAUGUCCAAGGCCCAGAAUUUAUCUAAGGUUUCACCAGCUCCACCUUCGUCCGCUGAACCAACGCCAGGACCACGUCAGCAUCAACGAAAGAAUCACCAGAAGAAGAAGAAGGGCAGAUUUUAAGUGUUUACAACGCUUUCCGUUGGCUGGAUAACGGACAAUAAAUUUUCUUUUGAAGAUUGGAAAUGCAAUUGACUUUCAAAAAGUAGAUAAGGACAUGCCUCGGACCAUCCUCC